AUGAACUUACCAAGAGCCGAGCGCCUUCGCUCCGCCCGGCAGCCCAGCCUCCGAAGCUGGGGCGCCGAGGACGGUGAGAUCGACGUCCUGGGAGAUGAGGAAGAUGACGACGACGAGGAGGACGACGACGAGACUCAGGGGAGCCCCAAAUGCCUAGAGCAGCGGCACCAGCCCGGGCCCCAGGGGGCGCGGCGGGGCGCGGGCGCAACGCCAGGAGAACCCUCCGAGGGCGGCGGCGGCCCAAGCCCCGCCACCGAGUUUGGCAGCAAAUUUCGGGCACCGACUGGGCCGGCGGUGGCCUCUGGGGACGCCCCGGCGCUGGCGAAGCCCCCCUACUCGUACAUCGCGCUCAUCACCAUGGCCAUCCUGCAGAGCCCGCACAAGCGCCUGACGCUCAGCGGCAUCUGCGCCUUCAUCAGCGGCCGCUUCCCCUACUACCGCCGCAAGUUCCCCGCCUGGCAGAACAGCAUCCGCCACAACCUGUCGCUCAACGACUGCUUCGUCAAGAUCCCCCGCGAGCCCGGCCACCCCGGCAAGGGCAACUACUGGAGCCUGGACCCCGCCUCCCAGGACAUGUUCGACAACGGCAGCUUCCUCCGGCGCAGGAAGCGCUUCAAGCGCCACCGCCCGCCCGCGGGAGGCCACCUGCACCACCCCUUCCCUCUGCCCGCCGCCCUGCACUGCCCCCACCCGGGCCUUCUGCUCGGGGCCCCCGUCCCGCCGCAGCCUGUCCCGGCCACCUACUCCGCCGCCGCCCCCGGGAUCCGCCGGUGCGCGCUGCUGCAUCCGCACCCCCUUCGCUACCUGCUGCUCUCCGCCCCGGCCUAUGGCCGGGUGCCACCGAAAGCCGAAGGCGCGGACCUGGCGAGCCCGGCCGCCCUUGCGGCGCUGCAGCCCUCGCUGGGCCCCGAACUCUGGAAGGAGGGCAAAGACCUGGCAUCUCAGCCGGGAGGCGGGUGUGCCUCCUUCAGCAUCGACAGCAUCAUGCAGGGGGUCAGCGGCUCCGGAGUGGGGACAGCGCCGAGUCUGUCCCCGACUCCCUGGGGCUACAGCCACCUGCUGCAGCGCCCGUCCUGCCUGCUGCACCACCAGGCCGCUGUCCCCUUGCUGCGCGCGUCGGCCGCAGCCGCCCGGGCCAUUUUGCUGCAGCAGCACGGUGGCAGCAAUUGCGCUCCCCGCAAAGGCACGCUGCCCGGCCAGCACCUGCCUGCUGUCGCCGCGCUGCAGAGGUACCAGCAUGCGGCCAAGGACUCCGGGCUUACGUCGCCCGGGCCUCCCCUCGGAUACAGAGGGGACCUCGUCGGCCUUUUGAGCAGCUCUGGUCCACUCUGA